AUGACUCCAUCGGCACCGGUCCAACCCCCCGCAAACCACACCUCCGCCGAGGUAGUGAUGGGAGGAACACAUGAUGCGACUCUCCCUAAUGCCCAAGAGCCUGCGCCUGAGCUUGAGCUUGAGUCAAUUGAGCUUGAUCCAGAGCCUCCCGUGAAGAAGAAUGCUGGGUUCAACUUCCUCGACUUCCUUACCUCGCCAAUUGUGGAAAUUGUGGUUGGAAAAGACGCGAACCAGACGAUUUUGACUGCCCACCAGACCUUCCUCCUACAAUCGCCAUUGCUUGCGAGCUUGGUCGCCGAAUUUGAACCAGCGGGACCUCGACUGAUAAAACUACCCGAUGAGGAUGUCGAUGCCUUUGACCUCGCAGUGAAUGAUGGCUCCGAGACGUUACUCCGCCAUGCGCGAGUAUACACAUUGGCAGACAAGCUGGGAUUGCCAGCAUUGAAGAGUCUUGCCCAUGGCAAGAUCCACAAGGUUAAAAGCUCACCUCAUGCAGAACAUCUCUAUGCUCGCUAUGUGUAUACCAAUACCCCUGCUUCGGACAUCACGAUUCGAAAGCCAGUUGCCUCCUAUUGGGCCAGCCACAGCCAUACGCUACGUCGCGAUGUUGGUGAUGACUUCAAGAAACUCUGUAUUGAGGUGCCUGAGUUCUCUUUCGAUUGA